UCAGGUACAGAGUUUCAGUCCGUGACGUCAGAGGCAGGGAUCGGCCGGUCACGUGGUUCGAGUUUCCAAACCUCUGGCUGAGCUGCUGCUGCUGCUGCUAACUUAUAAACCCCGAGAACAGAGAAAAUACAGCGCUUAAACACCUGAAUCCAACCUGUACAGGUCACGCAGCGUUAAUGAAUGGCCAGGACAGGUAUGCCCAAUGAACUGCAGGCCAAUGGAAAUUCUGCUUAAUUAAGGAAAUCCAGGGUGAUAAUCAUGUGCUAAUGUCCUAACCCGAGCUCAGAGAACAGAGUAAUAAUCAGACUGCAGGUCUGAAAUAGCGUGAUGGGGCUUGUUGGUGUCUGUAGAUUAUCUGUGAGUGUUUGGGCUGCAGGUUUUUCCUCCCCAGGCUCUGUGUUUCUGCGUGAGGGAUCUGCGGGGGGUUCGGUUACAGGACUAUCAGAUCUGUUCGGGUUACAGAACCCCGUCCUGCAGAGCUACUGUGUCUGAUUAUAGACCUAUUGUCUUACAGCCGGCGGACCUCAUGCCUCCACAUGCUUCACAUUCCCUCUACAUUAACUCAAAUAUGGGGCUAAUAACUCAUUUCAUGUGUUUUUCUAAGGCCUGUCACAAUAGUAACAUUAUCAACUUGUCGUACAAUAUUUGUAGAUGACCUCAGUCUUUUUUUAUUACUUAAAUAUUGCUAUAUUAUAAUGUAUUUACUUAGCAAAGAGAACCCAUAAUGUAAACAGAAAGCCUUAUUAAUGAGAUGAGUGAGAUCUUUUAUAUAUAAAAACAGUGUUUUUUAUUUGUUAAUGCUAAAUUUAUUUGUAUUUAUUUAUAUUCCAAUUAUAAUAACUUAAUAUUCUUUAUAAUUAAAAGUUAAUUCAAAGGUUUGCUCUUUUAAAAAGGUGUAUUAUUAUUCUAAUAUUAGGUAUGUACCAAAAAUAAAUAUGCGUCCAGCAAUAUUCAGCUUAAACCAAACAAUGUCUCAGUUAAUUUAACAGCACUGCUGAAGUAAUUGUAUAAUUAGAAUAGCACUACUGAGGUAAAUGUAUGAUUAGCAUAGAACUACUGAGGUAAAUGUAUUAUUGGAGUAGAACUAUUGAGGUAAAUUCAUGUUUAGAAUAGCACUGCUAAGGUAAAUGUUUCAUUAUCAUAGCACCCGUGUUUUUAACUGUAGUUUCGUAAUUGCUUUUUUGCUACUGAAAGAAAAAUACAAUAACAUUUAUCUGUAUAUCAGUGGCAUAAAAUGGGCUUAAAAUUGUAAUUCUAUAAUCUUUAUAUUAAAAUAUUAUAUAGACCAAUUGAAAGUUUUAUGCUGUUGUGACAGGCCUAGUGUUUCUCCAAUCAGAGUCUCCGAUGCUGCCUUCAUUUGGUGUCAGAACUGCGGAACUCAAUCAAAAAAACAAUCCAAACAAUAAAACAAUAAAAACAUGAAGUAAACUCGUAAAAUACCCUCUAUAACUUCCCACCACAUAAACACAUCGAUCAGUGGUGCAGUUCUAUAAACAGGAAAUAGAAAUGUUCUGAGGAACCUGUGAAGGCCGUAUCGGACUCAUCGCUCUGUGAGACGUAUCUUGUCCUGGUGUCAUGGGCUGCUGUAUCCUGUGCUUACUAAUAAUCCAUUAUCUCCCCCAUGAUGAACUGUGAUUUCUCCAUUUCAGUCUCUGCUCGCUUCCUGGUGGCGCUUUCAGCACGUUUAUUACUGACUGUGUUUACUGAGGGAAUAAUGAGCAGUGCAGUAAUACAGUACAACCUGAAAUCAGAAAACAGAGGGACAGUAUGGACAAUGUGUUUCUAAUUGCAGACAAUAGCUGAUCUACUUUAUUUCUUUUAUUAAUAUAUAUACUGAGGAUGCAUCGAUUCCGGUGCCAAAUUUUAAGUAUCGGCUGAUACUGAGUACUGGUUAUCACGAUACUGUUGAUUUGAUUCUGUGAUACUUGAUAUAUAUUAAUGUGUAUCAUGGUUAGACCAGUCAGUAUUACAGAUACUAUCCCAAUUAGGGCGGCACAAUAUUGGAAAGAAUUAUAUUGCAAAUGUUCUUAUUUCGACGAUAUAUAUAUGUAUUGCAAUAUUAAAUAAUGCAGGGCCCUUGACGUCAUCAACCUGCAGUUUCCCUUCUCAAAAACCAAACAGCAAAACAACAGUAAUCGUCCCUUUAAUCAGGAUUUAAAUGCUUUUUAAAAGGUAAAUAAGAGCGUUUGUUUUUCUGGGAUUAAAAGUGUGAAUUCAUCUGUAACUGGAAAUAUCUGCACUGGUAAACUGUGCUGGACUGAGGAGCACAGCUUUCCACACGUGCUCACGUUUACAAGCACGUGCCCAACCAUGUGGAUGGAGGCCAUGCUUGCGGUUACCACGUGCUUACUCCUGCCCCUCCCCCUCGCGCUUCUCGCGUAGGCAGCAGCAGCCUGUCACUCACACAGACACAGAGACAGCGCUGUGUAUCUACAGUACUUCUUGUGUCAAGAAUCAAAACAUUGCUCAUGUACACAUCGCGAUAUCGAUGCUUAAACGAUACAUAUUGUGCACUGCUGGUCCCAGUGUUUUCUGAUUUAAGGUUGUAGUUAUGCAGUUAAAUUGUUUAGAAUUGUUUUAGUGCAUUUUCACAAAGUCCAAAGUCUCUGUGCUAAUCAGUGUUAUGAAGUCGUUCACAAAGGGAAAAGUUUCCCCUCAUGAAUACGUAAUGAUGCACGGUCGUGUGUCUUUCAUUUCACUCACUCUUCUGUAUCCUCGUCUCUCCAGGGCAAUCUCCGUUCUCCAUGUCCUCGGGACGAGGUUCUCCCGGACGCUUUGAGCGUGUCGGAAAUGCGACCCACUACGACGAGGAUGACGACCUGCCUCCAGACUCUUUACCGAGAGCCAAUGGCCUCCCCGGUAUAGAGCGUCACCGGUCAUCAGAGCUGGCUCUGAGCUUCGACCCUCUACCUCCUCCUCCUCUACCGGACCAGCCCCCCAUCGGACCGGAGUUCGACCCCAGCGGCAGCGAAGACAACGAGGACCCGACCUCCGACAUCAAGCCCGUCCACCGCUUCAUCCCCGACUCCUGGAAGAACUUCUUCCGCGGGAGCAACCGGAGCAGCUCGAAGAGCUCCAUGCUCGCGUCCAGCAGCUACAACACCACCACCGAGGGGGUUCGGUGCUCGCCGCCGCACUCGCCGUCCGUACCCAGCUCCUACCAGGACAAGUACGGCGGCUCGGGCGGCAGCUACAACUCCAACAAAGCGCGGGAAGCCAUGCUGCUGGGGGAUCAUAUGGAAUCGGUGGACGGUCGCACCGCGCACACGGCGAUGACCUACAGCGAGCGGGUGGAGGAGUACCACCAGCGCUACGCCUACAUGAAGUCGUGGGCGGGGCUCCUGCGGAUCCUGGGGUGCGUGGAGCUGCUGUUGGGCGCGGCGGUGUUCGCCUGUGUCUGCGCGUACAUUCACAAAGAUAACGAGUGGUACAACAUGUUCGGAUACUCGCAGCCGCAGAUGUACGGUGGGUACAGCGGGACGUACGGCGGGGGAUACGGCGACGCUUAUUACACCGGCCCCAAGACGCCGUUCAUCCUGGUGGUGGCGGGGCUGGCGUGGAUCGUGACGGUGAUCAUGCUGGUGCUGGGCAUGACCAUGUACUACCGCGAGAUACUGCUGGACUCCAGCUGGUGGCCACUGACCGAGUUCACCAUUAACCUGGUCCUGGCCGUUCUGUAUUUGGCCGCUGCGAUCGUGUACGUGAGGGACACCACGCGGGGGGGGCUGUGCUAUUACCCCAUGUUUAGUAACGGGAUCAACGCCGCAUUCUGCAGAACGGAGGCGGGGCAAACGGCGGCCAUCAUCUUCCUGUUCGUGUCGAUGCUGGUGUAUCUGAUAGGAGCGAUCGUGUGCCUGAAGCUCUGGAGGCACGAGGCCGCCCGGCGCUUCCGCGAGAAAUACGGCCAUGAGAUGCAUCAAACAGACUAUCCCGUGGUCCAGCCUGCGACUGUGGAUCGAUCCAGAAUUCCUGAUCCCAUAAUCGUCUCGUCUGCAGCACCAGCUGACCACACCUACCCAGCCCCGCCCACCGCUACCAAAACCAAACUGCUUAAAGGGCCGAUUCCAUCUGGAUACACCCCCAAACCUGUGGUCGUACCAGAUUAUAUAUCUAAAUACCCAACAAUCCGAACUGAUGAAGAGCGGGACCAGUACAAAGCUGUGUUCAACGAUCAAUAUUCGGAGUAUAAAGAGCUGCACGCGGAGGUGAACGCGACGCUGAAGAAGUUCGACGAGGUGGACGGGAUGUUGCGCACCCUGCCCAAACACCCGUCCAAUCAGGCGGAAUUGGACCGAAUAAACCGAAUCCUUCAGGAAUAUCAGCGGAAGAAAAACGAUCCUUCGUUUCUUGAGAAGAAGGAGAGAUGUGAAUAUCUGAAAAACAAACUGGCUCACAUUAAACACAGAAUCCAGGAGUAUGAUAAGGUUAUGAUGUGGAAUGAUGGUUACGGUUAAAAUCCUCGCUCUUCAGCACAGUUGGUCCUUUCUUUUCAUUCCGGCCUGAAGCAUCUCAUCAUACUGUAAACCCACAGCGAGGAGCUCAGAGACUUUACUAAAGGGAAGAGAGAUAAACACAGUAUUCCACACAAUUCCUAACAUUCAGGAUAUGCUGAACAAUAUUGAACUACUGACUGAAAACAUUGUAUGAUUUUAUCAGAUCUGUUUCGAUUCUGUUUUGCCGUGUUGUUGCCGAAACUCCUGCUGUCUGCCUGUUUGUUUGUUUGUUUGUUUGUUUGUUUGUUUGUUUGUUGUUUCGUUUCGUUAUUUUUCAUGCAUUAUUAUGCUCUGGUUCAUAUUUUGCACUUUUAUUUUGCUGGAUUCCUGCAGCGUUCAUAUUUAAAACCACUUCUUUAAAGCUGUGAUGUUUUUUGUGACAUACUUGCAUUUUUAAUGACCACUAAACUGCACUUACAAUUUAAAAGCUUAAAUACCGAUGCUGAGCCUCGUUCACCAACAUUUUUCUUAAGAAUUUUCAUAAUUUUUAAUAAGUAUAGUUCUUGAGAAAAGACAGACAGAACAAAGGCUAUGUGUUUACACAGCAGGUAAAAAUGACCCAGAUCUGAUGUUUAUUUUAGUCUAUUUUAGUCUGAGCAGUUCACGCUUCUAAAUUAGCACGUAUGCUCUUUAAAGAGCAGCAGAGCUUCAUGUGAAGUUUCGGUUUCAUCUUCUCCUUCAUCACAGGAGCUAUCAUGUAGUUUCAGUAUCUGCAGCUGGAGCAGCUUAUCAGUGAGAAUGUGUUUCAGAUCACUGUAAAAAGGUCAAAUUUUAAUUCUGGAAUUUAAAAGAUCGGAUUCAGUGUGUUUUUGGAAAAAAAAACAGGACAAAAAUCGGAUUUGGGUCCCUUUUACAUGCUGUCAAAAACUCUAUCAGAUUGAGGCUGGACUAUAAUUUCGAUAUCUUCGUACAGUAUAUCAGAAUAGAACAUGUUUUAAUAAAAGUAAUUUGAUUGUGUAACGUUUUUUCUGAUAUCUUAUUGUACAGUAUUUACAGCAUCUGUUCAUUACAGGGAGCUGCUCUCAGUUCACUGCGUUCAAGCUGAGCACAAAGGGCAUUUAUACUGUUCAUAUUGAAAUCUGAAUUUUUUUCAUAUCGAUCAAAAUGAAGAAAUAUAUUGUGAUCUGCGUGAUUUUGGCCGUAUCGUGCAGCCCUACUUCAGAUUCAUGGAAAUAGUAAUGGAUCCAAUUUUCAUCAUAAACCGAAAACGUUGCACAAAAAACACUGGAUUAUACAUUUUUUGAAUGUUAGUUUCUUCGUAAGAGGGAUUUAAUAAUAAUUUAUUUCUGAGGAAUGGUUGGUGAAUGAGGCCCGGUGUUCUAAUAUCUGUUCGUCUUGUUUUAAUACGGUUUAUCGAGUGAAUAUUGUGUUAUUCUGUGGUAAACAGCACUGUCCAAUUUUUAUUUCUUCAAGAAAACAUUUACAAGCUUUAAACUCCACAAAGUGUUAACUUUUUUAUUCAUUAAAAAUAAUGAAAUAUUG